AAAAAUAAAAUUAUUCUUCAGUCAAGAAACACUCAUUGACUUAGACACACCUUUUGAGCUUGUUUCUGAACUUUCCUGGUCUAGAUUUUAGUAUUGUGGUUUCUAACUGAAGUUAAUAAACAGUGCAGUACAGAACAGCUUUGUCGAACAGGACUACUUUAUGACAAGAUAAGACGUCGGAAAAAACAAUGUUAUGGGAAAUCGUGAGCACAGUAUUCAUUUUAACAAUAUCAGUUUGGGGAAGUCCAAAAUGCAGAACUCGUUUCAAUGCGGAGGUCGUGUGUGUCGCAGGAUCCGACGAUUACAUAUUACAGAGGGGUCUAGUGUCAGACAAUAAUGAUACCGUCGCAAUAACACUUAAGGAUUGUCGGAUUACAGAUGUAGACAUUGAAGCUUUCAAAAAUGUCUACAAUUUAAAAGAAAUUGAUUUGUCUAGAAAUAAAAUUAGUUUCCUUAAAGUGGGUGUUUUCGACGGAAUCCCAAAACUAUCUUCUUUAAGAUUAUCAAAAAAUUUGUUAUCAACGCUUCCUUUAGGACUUUUUGAUAAUUUACCAACGUUGCAACGAUUGGAUGUGAGUGAUAAUAAAAUAAACUUUUUAAAAUUAGGUAUAUUUAAUAACUUGCCUCAGUUAGUACGUCUCGAGCUGGCAAAUAAUGAAUUCUUAGGAAACGAAUUAGAUCCCUGUCUUUUCGACAAGAAUCCAAUGAUUAAGUAUUUACAUUUUUCUGGUAACAAUAUGUCAGAAGCACCAGAUCAGCUCUUAAACGGUAUUCAAGAACUGUCAAUUUUGGGUUUAAGUAAUUGUUAUUUGACAGAAAUCCCGAAAUUUGCGACCAGGUCCAACCUAAACACGCUGAAAAAAAUAUUAUUGCAAAGAAAUCAAAUAAGAAGGUUAGAUGAUCCUACGACAUUUAUAAAUAUGGGAAAUUUGGCAAUGUUAGAUUUGUUUAAUAAUACAAUUGAAAAUUUAAAUGAAACUGUUUUCAAACCACUGACUAAGAUCGAAGUCAUCGAUCUGUCAUUAAACAAGAUCGAACAGAUUCCGAAAAAUAUGUUUCAGAACAUGUUGAGCGUAAAAAGUAUAGAUUUGUCGAAUAAUUUAAUAAAAAUUAUUCCAACGAAUGCUUUUAAAAGUUCCUGUUUGCAGACAUUAGAUUUGAGCAGCAAUAGAAUUUCAUACUUAGAGAGAAACUUCUUUUCGACAUUAUGUUGCUUUAAUAAAACUUUGUCGACAUUUUAUUUUAAGAAUAAUCCCUUUCAAUGCGCAUGCUUAGUUGAAAUUUUGAAAGACAUGAAGAAGUUUGGUAUCAAACACGACAUAGAUGAAAACAAAGAACAUACAAAGUGUUCCAUGACGAAUGAGGUUACCUGUAUGAGACCUGACGAAGAAAUACGUGAUGUAGACAAUGACGAGGAUAAGUUGUGGUCUACGUUUGGACUUCCACACUACAUCAAUUCCACCAAAUAAAUAUUAAUAUUACCAAAAUAAACAACCAAAUAAUUAUAAAUAUUAUGUACUUAGGUUCUAAUCUUCCUAUCGUAUUACAAUAUAAAAUACGUUAUUA